AUUUCCAAAGGGAUGCAAUAUUUCUUUUCUAUACAUACAACACUUUUAUUCUCAACUUCUAUCCAUCAACAAACAAGCUUUCAAAUUCCUUAAUUUCUUAAUUAUUUUGAAAUUCUUUCAUAACUACUCCACUCUUCUCUUUCUAACUUCAGAAAACAUUCACACAAUGGCCGUUCGCCAGAUUCUAAGACGGUCGUUGUCCAAUGAAAGAAGGUCGGCUGAAGUUCCAAAAGGGCACGUUGCCGUCUAUGUUGGUGAUAACGAAAAGAAGCGCUUUGUGAUUCCAGUCUCAUACUUGAACCAUCCUUCAUUUCAAGAACUGCUGUUUCAAGCUGAGGAAGAAUUUGGGUUCAAUCACCCGAUGGGCGGCCUAACCAUCCCCUGCAGCGAGGACUUAUUUGUAGAUUUCAUAUCUGGUUUCAGCAGAAGAUGAUUUAUAGCAAUAGUGUUUUAGGAGUGGAAUUUUGUAGAUUGGAAAAAUGUGUCUUUAGAGUUCAUGUAAAUGAAACACAUCACUGAGAACCUUUUAUCACCUUAAUCUUUUGAGUUCACCAAGAAUGAGUUUUUUUCUUUUA